AUGUCGGGCAUCAGAGCCUCCCACUCGACCCUGUUCUCCCUCAAAGCCCGCCGGUCCCAUCUCAACAGGAUCAAAAACGAGCAGAAGUACCUCAAGACCCUGUUCGACCAGACCCUCUUGGUGACCAACCCCAUGGUCGUCGCGGAAGCCGAUGAGAUCAUCGCGCAGAGGCCCGCCUGGACCCCUCAGAGCGACACCCUCCUCUUCGUCCAGGCCCAACCCGUCAUCCGCCGCCUGGAAAGAUGGGUCCCCAUCCUGCGGCGCAGGAAGUUGUUGACCGGAAGAAUCCCCCGGAUGGGGGUCGUUGUUUCUGCAGAGCAUGUCGUCCUGUUCGCGGGGUAUAUGGAGCGCCUUGAGCAACUCGGGCGGGCGCUGCGCAAUGGCAUACGCCGCGAGCGCGACGUGCAGGAGGCUAGGAGCGAGCUGUACAUGGACCAGGAGCAGAGGUACAUCGUCUUGAUGGAGUGCCGCGAUAGGGAGAGCGGCCUGCGCAACUGUGUUUCUACCGACGAGGUCUAG